AACGUUAGUUGCAAUAUUCUGAUUAAUGGGUUGUGCUUGAAUGGACUGGUGAGCGACGCUGUUAGUAAAUUUGAAGAGAUGGCGAGCAAAGGGAUCGAGAGGGAUGUUAUUACGUAUAACACGUUGAUACAAGGAUUGUGCAAGGUUGGGAGGAUAAAUGAAGCUAUGGGGUUUUAUCAUAAGUUGCUAGAGGUAGGGUUGAAGCCGAGCGUGUCAACCUACACGCCGCUCAUUGUGUCGUUUUGCAAUGAGGGUAAUGUGGAUGAAGCUGUGGAGCUUGUGAAGAAGAUGAAGGAUAGAGGAAUUGAGCCUUUGGUAUGUACGAAUGAUUGCAUUAUAACUGCAUUGUGUAAGAAGGGCAAGGUUGAAGAGGGACUGUCUUGGUUGGUUGAGAUGCUGAAGAGGAAUUUGAGACCGAGGUUAGAGACAUUUAAUAGAUUGGUAGAGUAUUUGAGUUUGGCGGGGAGAGUGGAUGAUGUGCUGCCUGUACUAAAUGCAAUGUUUGAGAUUGGUUGUUUGCUUGAAAGAUCAGUUAGUAGUUUGCUUGUUGAGAAACUGUGCAGUAGCGAUGGUAGAUUGCAAGGUGAAGAACUUUUGGAUGAGAUCUUGCUGAUUGAUAAGUUGAAUGUUUGAACUGUUGUAUCAGUUUAUUCUUUUUUGCGAGGGAUUGGAUAGUCAUCUGACGUCUGGACUUGUUGGAUCAAGAAAGAUAAUAAGAUGCAAAGGGCUUUUGAACGUCUACCAUGAAGCACAAAGGCUAGGCCAGCUCCCAAGCUAUGAGUUGUGUUUGUUGCUUAUAUUUCAAGAAAUCUGUCCCUGGUGGUGAAAACUUUCAAUUGUUAGUUCUCCUCCUACAGCUUAGGCCCUUUUCUGAAGCUAUAACAUAUUUCAUUCUGAAGUUUGAUUGCAAAUGCUUGUUCUUGGUUUGGGUUUCUUGAGGUUAGAAAUCUAGAUUUGAUUGCAAACACAAUUUACAGUUUGGCGUCCAUUGGUUGUUUUGUUUGAGUGGUGUGAUUGCUGUUAGUUUUUCUUGUCGAUACUACUAUAGUUGCGAGUCCUGCGUCUUCCAAAGAUCUAGCAGUGUGGCCUACAUGAUCAUGGGAUUGGUCGGAUGCAUUUCGCUUGACAUAAAGAUAUCUUUUCGCGGUAAUAAGAUUUGAAGUAACACUGAAUGUGCUUCCAC